ACAAAAGGUUCUUCAAGCAUAACUCCAUCAGGCACUCAAAAGAAGGUGAAGAGGACUCUGCCCAACCCACCUCCAGAGGAAGCAACAGCAGGAACUCAGUCACUAUAUACCUCUGUGGGAUCAGUUUCACGCAGAAGGAUUUGUAGGACCACCACUAUGGCCAGAGCCAAAAUUCUUCAGGAUAUAGACAGGGAAUUGGAUCUGGUCGAACGUGAAUCAGCCAAGCUUAGGAAGAAGCAAGCAGAGCUAGAUGAGGAGGAAAAAGAAAUAGAUGCCAAGCUGAGAUACUUAGAAAUGGGCAUUAAUAGGAGGAAAGAAGCCUUACUAAAAGAAAGAGAAAAGAGAGAGCGUGCCUAUCUCCAAGGAGUAGCAGAAGAACGUGAUUAUAUGUCAGACAGUGAAGUUAAUAAUACCAGGUCAACCAGAAUAGAAACUCAGCAUGGCUUGGAAAGACCACGUACUGCACCCCAGACAGAAUUUAACCAGUUUAUGCCACCACAAACCCAGCCAGAAACACAGUUUGCCCCUGCUACAAGCCCAUAUGCUCAAUAUCAAUAUUCAUCUCCGGCCCUGCCAACUCAAGCACCAACUCAGUUCACACAGCAAUCACAUUACCAACAACAGCAGCCUUUGUAUCACCAGCAAGUUUCACCCUAUCAGACCCAGACAGCUUUCCAAACAGGAGCUGCUAUGUCCUUUACUCCACAGGCUCAACCUCCACCAUCUCAACAGUCAUCGUAUCAACUCCCAUCACAGAUGAUGGUGAUACAGCCAAAGCCAAGGCAAACCCCAUUAUAUCUGGAGCCCAAGAUAACGACAAACUAUGAUGUAAUUCGCAAUCAGCCUCUCAUGAUAGCACCAGUUUCAACUGACAAUAAUUACGGCGUUUCCCAGCUGGGCAGUAAAUACUCUACUUUGGAUUUAAGGAUAGGACUAGAUGAGAGAAACAGCAUAGCAAGCAGCCCUAUAUCAAGCAUAUCUGCAGACUCGUUCUAUGCAGAUAUAGACCACCAUCAUACGGCCCGAAAUUAUGUGCUGAUUGAUGAUAUAGGAGAACUUACUAAAGGAACAGGGGCGCUUGGUUCCAGUUUUAGCCUCCAUGAGAAAGAACUGACCAAAACAGAUCGAUUGCUUCGCACAACUGAGGCCAGGAGAGCACAAGAAGUGUCAGACUUCCUAGCACCACUGCAGACUUCUUCUAGGUUACAUUCUUACGUUAAAUCUGAUGAAGACCCAAUGGAAGACCCUUAUGAGCUCAAACUUCUGAAACAUCAGAUAAAACAAGAGUUCCGUAGAGGUGCAGAAAGUCUUGAUCAUCUGGCUGGCCUGUCACAGUAUUACCAUGGGGAGGGCAGCUACAGGCAUUUUCCAAAAUCUGAGAAAUAUAGCAUAGGUAGGCUUACUCUUGAGAAACAGGCUGCUAAGCAGCUUCCAGCAGCCCUCCUUUACCAGAAGCAGUCAAAACAUAAGAAAGCUUUGAUAGACCCCAAAUUAACAAAGUUUUCACCUAUCCAAGAAAGUAGAGACCUUGAGCCUGACUAUUCAAGCUAUAUGACUUCUAGCACUUCAACACUUGGGGGAAUUACUACUAGGGCAAGGCUUCUUCAGGAUGAUAUCACAUUUGGCCUUAGAAAAAACAUCACUGAGCAACAGAAAUACAUGGGGCCACCACUGACUUCAUCCGUUGGAGCAGGCCUUGGGACUGCACUGGGUCCAACAAUGAGAUCCACACUACAAGAUGAAGCAGACAAGUCUUAUAGCAGUGGUAGUAGAUCUAGGCCCUCAUCUAGACCCUCCUCAGUUUAUGGGCUUGAUUUGUCACUAAAAAGGGAUUCUUCCAGUUCUUCUUUAAGACUGAAAGCCCAAGAAGCUGAACCCUUAGAUGUUUCCUUUAGCCAUGCAGCACCUUCUGGAAGAACUAAACCCACCAGUCUACCUAUUAGCCAAAGCAGGGGAAGGAUCCCAAUUGUAGCACAGAACUCAGAGGAAGAGAGCCCACUAAGUCCUGUUGGCCAGCCAAUGGGAAUGGCAAGAGCGGCAGCUGGACCCUUGCCACCAAUAUCUGCAGAUACCAGGGACCAGUUUGGAUCAAGCCAUUCAUUACCUGAGGUCCAGCAACAUAUGAGGGAGGAGUCACGGACUCGAGGCUAUGAUCGAGAUAUAGCCUUCAUCAUGGAUGACUUCCAGCAUGCCAUGUCAGACAGUGAAGCCUAUCACCUCCGUCGUGAAGAAACAGAUUGGUUUGACAAGCCCAGGGAGUCUCGUCUGGAGAAUGGACAUGCCCUUGACAGAAGGCUGCCAGAGAAGUUGUCCCACUCUCGACCACCAAGUCAACACCAAGACCAAGUAAGCUGUCAAGAUGUCCCUUUAGUUUUAUAA